AUGGUGUGCAUCACAUCCACCCAAUCCUCUCUGCUAGUCAAUAGCAACCCCUCUGAAAUCUUCAAGCCGAAAAGAGCUCUCGGGCAAGGUGAUCCUCUAUCCCCUCUUCUCUGUGUUAUAGGCAUGGAAUAUCUAUCCAAAAUCCUCAGGGUAACAGGGGAUAACCAACAGUUCAGCUUCCACCCCAGAUGUAAGGGUCUCAAACUAAAUCAUUUGUGCUUUGCUGAUGAUCUUAUGCUAUUCUGCAAGGAUGAAGCUAAAUAUGCUAAGCUUCUUUGUGAGAGCCUUGCUAUUUUUUCAGCUGCAUUUCCUCUCCAUGCAAAUACUUUUAAAUCAGCUCUAUAUCUGGCAGGGAUCCCAAAACCGGUUCAACUACAAAUUGCCUACCUUUUGGGUUUGCCUCUUGGUAAAUUUCCCGUUAAAUAUCUGGGUAUGCCCCUCACCAGAUCAGCCAUCAAGAAAGUCAAUGCAAUCUGUAGCGUGUAUGUUUGGCAUGCAGACCCUAACAAUACAGCCCUUGGGAAUAUCAACUGGAAUGAUAUUUGUAAACCAAAGAAAGUAGGGGGUUUGGGUAUCAGGAACAUUGAUAAAUGGAAUAAAGCUGCACUGGGUAAAUUGGCUUGGGAUGUAGCUAACCUCUUUGAAUCCCUACGGGUCCACUGGCUGCAUGACGUAUACACGAAAGGAGAAAAGAAACGUCACGCGAUCACAUCCAUAUCCAAGCUAAUCUACUCUCAUUUGAAGAGUGUUCUUGGGAGUAUUAUUAGCCAAAAUCAAGGAGCCUUUGUGGUAAGGAGGCUUAUCUCACACAACAUUUUGUUAUGUCAUGAUUUAGUUAAGCAUUACUCUAGCAAAAACUGUUAUGCCAGCUAUAUGAUUAAGGUUGAUUUGAGGAAGGCCUAUGACACUAUGGACUGGGACUUCGUUCAUGAUAUGUUGAUUGCUUUUUAA